CCGCCCGCCCUCAAAUCCGGCCCCCGAUCUCCGCGAGCCGCCGCAUCCAUCCAUCCAUUCUCGAGCUUUCUGCGGCCGUCACACCACCACCCUCCCGCCGCCCGCGCGAUCACCUCCACGAAGGGGGGCCACCGGAUCUCCGCCGUCGGAGAAGGAACUUGCACACCCGAGGUCACAAUUCAAGAUGGGGAAAGAAAAGCAAUCUGGAACCGUGGACGCAGUUGGGAUCAAGCCGAAAGAGGAAGAGAAGAAGUCCAAGGAGGAGAUACACCUCAAGAUUAAGAGCAAGGAUAAGUCUUCAGGUGGUGAGGAUGACAAGAAGGAGAUUGAGAUUGAGGUCAAAGCCAAGAUCGUGGACAAGGAAGAGGUGAAGCUUGACUCGGAUGAUGGUGCAAAAUCUUCAGGAAAAAGUAAAGAGAAAAAGAAAGACAAGGAAAAGAAGAAAUCAGAGAAGCAUGAUGAAGAAAAUGGCGAUAAUGAGAAGGCAAGCAAAAAGAAGGAUACAAAGGAGAAAGAUAAGAAAAAGAGCGAAGACGGUGCGGAUUUAGAAAAGGAGACAAAGAAAAACAAGGAGAAGAAAUCAGAGAAGCGCGAUGAUGAAUGUGGAGACGAUAAGAAGGAGAGUAAGAAGAAGGAGAAAAAAGAGGAUAAGGGAAAGGAGAAGGAUGAGUUGGAGUCAAAGGUUUCUGGUGAUGAAAAACAAGACAAAGACAAGAAAAGCAAGAUCAAGAAGAAGGGUGAAGAUAUUGACAAGGAUGUAGCAGAAAGUGACAAGGAUCCCAUGUCCGGAGGUUCGGGCACAAGAGAAAUCAAGCUAACGAAAGAUGAAUCAGAUAAGAAAGAGAAAGACACUUCUGAAGAGAAAAAGGAAGGAGAAUCCAAAACGGCGGAGAAGAGAAAAAGAGACAAGGAGAAGAAGCAAGAUGAACAUGCGGAAGACAGUGAGGAUGAAGAGGGAAAGAAAAAAGACAAGGAAAUGAAAGAAAAGAAGAAAGAUAAGAGUGAUAAAAAGGAAGAAGGCAAGAAGAAAUAUAAGGAUGGUGAUGAGGGGGAGGAGGGCAAGAAGAAAGAAAAGAAAAAAGAGAAGUCUACCAAGGAGAAGAUGAAUGAUCCAACGAAGCUUAAGGCGAAACUGGAGAAGAUUGACACCAAGAUACAAGAGCUACAAGCUAAGAAGGAGGACAUCCUGAGGCAGCUCAAGGAGCAGCUGAAAGAGGAGCUGGAAGGGGGCAGCAGGCGCAAGGAUACCAUUGAAGAGAAGCCUGCACAGAUACUGGAAAAGGGCAGCGAGGACAUCAAGACCAUUGAAGAGAAGCCUGUAGAGACAGUUGAAGAGAGCAGGGAGUGCAAGAACAAUGGAAAAGAAGAGAAUCCUGUUGCUGCAGCCUGAUCCUGUUGAACUUCAAAGGACUAAAGGUUGUUCAGACCCUUGCUUUGUGCUUGUAACAAGAAUUCUGGUCUUGGUCUCUGCUCUCUCUGUAUGCAGCAAAGUAGAUAUAUACAUACUUGAGUGUAAGAAUAUGGGGGUGUAUCCUUAUCGAGAAAAAUGAACCUGUACUGUUUACGACAGAAUGCUCUCUCCUACUUCUGAAAGUAUGUUCAGAAAGCCUCUGUGGCUGUUAUCUAUUUGAGUUAUGGUUCUAUUUGAAUUAUCUUC